CUUCCCCCCACAAACUACCGUCUUUCUUUAUCCAGCCCAGCAAGCAAAUCCCCUCGCGGAGAGAGAGAGAGAGAUUGUGACGGCUCGUGAUCGCUGCAUUUGUUGGCCGAUUUGGUUUCAUCGAAUUCCCCACGGGGCUCGGGAUCCGUCUCGGAAAAAUCGCUUUGAUUUUGUCUACUCGUCGCUUCCGAGUUCCGAUCGGUAUUUAUUGUCGCACGCGAAUUCGCAGCUGGUCGGCUUCCGGAUUGGUUUAGUUUUAACCGAUUUGAGAUUUUUUUUUUUCGUGAAUUUUGCGGCGAGGGUUGUGUUGAAUCGGGGGAUUUGAAGGGGAAAAGUGUUUUUUUUUUUUUGCUGGUUUGAUUGGUAAAGGUUGGAUUUUUGGUGGCUAGGGCUUCGAUUUAGGGGAGGGGUGGGGAAGAUGAGUUCCGGGUCGAUGGUGACGUCGACCACCACCGCCGAGGACGUCGUCCUCGGGAAGAAGCUCCUGGUUCACGUCGCGGAGAACGGUCACAGUUUGGAGUUCGAGUGCGACGGCUCCACCCCCGUCGAGGCCAUCCAGCGGUCCAUCGAGGUCCACUGCGGCGUCGCCUUGGCGGAGCAGCUCCUGCUGUGCCGUAACACCUCGCUGGAUGCGCAGCAGACGUUGUCGUACUACAAGCUCCCCCAGGACGACCGUGAGGUCUUUCUCUACAACAAGGCUCGGCUCCACGAUGACUCCCCCAGGCCGCCCCUGGAAGCUAUCGAAGUUCCCAAGCCGGCCGUCCCCCCACCGCCUUCUCCGGCCAAUGAUUCGCACCCUUUGGACAAUGCGCCCGACCCGGCGCUGAAGGCUUUAGUUUCCUACGAGCGCCAGUUCCGUUACCAUUUCCAGUUCGGCAACGCGUUGUAUGGCUGCUCUCAGGCGAAGUUGGAGUUGUGCAAAAGACUUCUGAGGGAGCAGCAGGUUCAGGGGAGGGCACUGGACACUGCCCGCGGCAAUCUUGAGCACACAUUUAAGAAGCUGCACCAGAGAUAUACAGAAUUCAUUAGGAGCUUUGCCCAGCAGCACAAGAGCCACUCUGACCUCCUCGCCAACUUCGAAAGGGAUGUGGAAAAGCUUCGGUCCUUGAGGCUCCAUCCGAAAUUGCAAUCUAAAAACCGCAAGUGCUUGCUUGAUCUUGUGAAGGAGGAUGACCUAAGAAAGUGCAUGGAUAGUUGCUUGGGUCCUCACCGGCAGUUUGAAAAUCAAGUUUCACAGUUGAAAAUGAGUUUUAUGGAGCUGAAGAGAAGGUUUGAGAAUUUAAUCUCAUCUAUUAGCUCAGCUAGUUGGGCGGAGUUGGAAAAUCUUAUAAAAAAUCAUCAGAAGAUUCUUAAUGAUCAGAAAACUAUAAUGCAGUCACUGAGUAAGGAUGUCGAAAGUGCUAAGAAACUUGUGGAUGAUUCCAAUCUGCCACUUUCUUCCUCACUUCGCCCUCAUGAUGCUGUGUCAGCUCUCGGUCGAAUAUAUGAUGUGCAUGAAAAAAAUCACCUUCCAAAUAUGCAGAAUUGUGAUCAUCUUAUGUCAAAGUUACUCGAUAAGUGCAAGUUAAAGAAAAAUGACAUGAAUUUGUUGGUCCAUCUCAGUAUGCAGAAGGUUAGGUCUGUUCAAUUCGGCAUCAAAGAAACAAUCAAUGAGCUUCAUGCAUAUCAAGAAGUAAUGGGGCAUCAAGACCGGGAGUUUGAAAAUGUAAGAACUGUCAACGGCGUAGGACAAGCAUAUAGAGCUUGCCUUGCCGAGAUUGUAAGAAGGAAAUCUUCUUUGAAGUUGUACAUGGGCCUUGGCGGGCAACUGGCUGAAAAGCUUGCAACAGAGAGGGAAGCUGAGAUUAGACGACGGGAGUCCUUCCUUAAAACUUGGAGUAAAUACAUACCGAAUGACUUGUUAGCUACUAUGGGAUUGUUUGAUUCUCCAAGUCAGUGUGAUGUGCACAUAACACCUUUUGAUGGAAACUUGCUGGAGAUUGACAUGGUAGAUGUAGAUCGAUUUGCACCAGUGUCGUUAGGAGGAUUGAUCUCUAUGUCUGAGAAGCAUGCACAAGAGAAAUAUUUCUCUGCUGCAUGUGGCAGCAGCGAUAUCACUAAAUCUGAAGAAAUUUCUUUACAGAGUGGUGAGAAGGUUCAUUUUCUUGACGGUUGUGAAUCUGUGGAUAUUGCUGGAACUAGUAGGCUGGAAGUUGAGAAUGCACAAUUGAAAGCUGAACUUGCUUCAGCAAUAGCUAUGAUCUGUGCACUGAAUGCUGAUACUGGAUAUGACUCAAACGAAUUCACAAAGGAUGAUGAUAUGUUGAAAAAUCUGAAGGAGAAGACAGUUGAGGCGCUUAAAUUGAAGGAUGAAUUUGCUGAUCAUCUUCAGUCUAUGCUAAAUAUGAAGCGAGAACAAUGCUUGUCUUACGAAAAAAGGAUCAAAGAGCUUGAGCAGGGAUUGUCAGAUCAGUAUUUGCAUGGGCAAAAACUUGCAGGUAAAAAUGUUUCAGAUUCUGAUAUGUCCAGCGUCAAGAACGAUUCUAGUAAAUUUGGUGUUUUUGGAGAAGGCGAUGCUCACAUACCUUUCACGUCAACCAUGACGAUGGAUGAAGUAUCUAUCACUUCGGGUUUGUUGGAUCCAAAGAUGGAUCAUGUUUAUGGACAGGCAAGUAAAGCAGCUGAAGGUGGAGAUGAGAAUAUGAGUGAUCUUUCUGGCACACUUCAUUUGCACUCUAGCAACUCUACCCCCAAUUUAAUGGAUGCUUCAAUGCUAGAGCAACCUCGGGAUGAAGGCAAGGUUGACCCUCUUGUCAAUGCAGUGAAAAUGAUGACAUCCCAGUUGACCAUGACAAAGGAUUCAUCGAGUAUUGGUGCUGGAAAUGCUAAGAACAUUUUACCUUGUGAAACUUCUGAUAAGCCACUUUUGGAGUCCAAAAAUAGAGAUGACCUUGUGAUAGGCCUACAAGACGCCCUAGUGGAGAAGUCAAAGAAGUGUGAUGAAUUGGAAAACAAGCUCAAAGCAACUAUGGAGGAGAUUGGCUCCUUAAAGAAAGAACUGGAGAUGAAUCAAAGCCUACUUGAUGAGUCACAGAUGAACUGUGUCCAUUUGGAGAAUUGCCUGCACGAAGCAAGGGAGGAUGCCCGCACAAACUUGUGUGCGGCGGACAGAAGGGCCUCGGAGUACAACGCUCUGCGUUCAAAAGCUGUUAAGAUGCAUAGUUUCUUUGAACGAUUUCGCAGCUGUGUUAUUGCUCCUGGUACUGUUGCCAAUUUUGGAGACUCGUUAUGUUCUUUGGCUCAGUCUCUUGGCAGUUCUCUCAGUGAGGAUGAAGAUGAUGUUACCAGGGAGUUCCAAGCCUGUAUAAAGGUGUUUGCCGAUAAGGUGACCUUUUUGUCUCGCCAUCGCGCUGAGCUCUCCGAGCGCUGUUCAAGAGCAGAAGUUGUACGAGGGAAUCUCCUAAGGGAACUCGAAGAGAAGAACGAGCAACUUAAAAGCUUAUACAGUAAACAUCAACUAGAGAAACAGGCAAACAAGGAGAAAAUUGCUUUUGGUCGUUUUGAGGUUCACGAGCUCGCCGCCUUUGUUUUGAACUCUGCUGGACACUACGAGGCAAUCAAUCGAAACUGCCCAAAGCACUACCUCUCCGAAGAGUGCGUCGCUCUGUUCAAGGAACAACAUUCAGUUAGUCCAAUUUACAUAAUUGGACAGAUAGUGCACAUCGAACGGCAAGUUGUACGGCCAUCGGUGUCUCCCAGGAGUCAGCGCGGAGAUCAGCUAGAGGCUUCAAACAACAGCGAAACCAGUAGCCGUCGGUUGCUCGGACCGACUGCUGCAUCGAACCCUUACAAUCUUCCCAUCGCUUGUGAAUACGCCAUAGUGACGAUUGCGAUGCUACCUGACACCAUUCAUUCAGCUUCCUGAUCUCGCAGCUGGCAGAAAUGAAGGAAGAUCAAAAUUGUACAUAAGAUAGAAUUCUCUUUCGCUUAAGGGUAAUGAUGUACAUAUUAUGGAUAAUAGCUUUGCACUUUGUAGAUGAAAGAACUUCCUAAAGCUAUUAGUUUGUGAAUAAUCUCACUUCCUUUUUCUUUUAGUUUUUGGUUGAGUUUUUUUUUAUUAAGUGAAAUAAGACAAAUGCUUUUAACU